AGAGUUAAUUGAUAAACCUAUUAAUCUUUUGUAUUUAAACUGUGAAUGUCUAGUAAUAUUCACAACCUCUGCUCACACACUUUCUCUUUCUCUCUCCCUCUCUUUCUGCUUUCUUAGCACUACAAAACAAAGGCUAACAAGAAGACUUCACUACCUUAUUACACUGCAAAAAAAGAAUCACCUCUUCCUUAUACUUUGCACUUUUUCCUUAACCUAUAGCACUCUGCUAACCUCUGCACCCACUGUUCCUUUUCACGUCACUGACAGCAUGGAGAAGGUGCAGCACAUGACCCGCUCUGCUAUUAGGAGGGCCUCCACCAUGGAAGUCAACCCUCAAACCAAACAGAACCUGCAAGAGCUUUUUGUCAACUUCUGUCUUAUUUUGAUUUGUCUUCUGCUAAUUUAUAUAAUUGUGCUGCUUCUAUGAAGGUCCUCUGGUCCUCACAGAAUGGGAGGAGUGAACAACAACCAGCAUGAAACUGAACUGUGAUGUAAAGCAAGAGUGAGGAUGAGUAAAUUGAUAAAAGAAAUCCUUGUUAGCAAUUUGUUGUUAAAAGGAAACACCAACAACCUGACAUAACUGCUUGGUUCUACUUGUUUGGACUUUCCCUGUAAAAGAUGCAAGAAUUCUAUUCUAUUUACAAGUGUUAAUUUGCAUGCCACAUACUUUUCUGAACAAAAUAAGAAUGUCUCAUAAGUAUAGAGAUCUGAUACUCUGUAUGUAAAAUAAACCAGCAUGAGUUGUGAAAGACAGAAGGCGAAUGUAA